CUACUGGACAGAUGGCCUCACUUUUGACUCUAGAAUACUGUGGUAUACAGAGGAGUUCAUGGUUGACUCAAAGAGUACAAGGUGUCCAGGUCCUGUGGCUGCAAAACAAGCCCAAAUCAUCACCCCUCCACCUCCAUUGUUGACGACAAAGUGGAUGGCAAUAAGAGCACUAUGGACAACUGAGGAUAACAAGCAACACUGAAUAGCAAAGCAAGUCAGUCCAGAAAUCAGAAUAUCUUCCAUUUCCUUCACCUUCCUCAGCAGGCAAAGAGGAUGGCAAUAAGAGCACUAUGCACAACUGAGGAUAACAAGCAACACUGAAUAGCAAAGCAAGUCAGUCAGAAAUCAAAAUAUUUUCCAUUUCCUUCAGAGAGCCACACAAUUCUUCACCUUCCUCAACAGGUGAGAGACAAGCGAGAGAAAAUCAAGAAGAGAUUUCUAGCUCGGAAAAGUAGAGUGUGAAAUUCAAACAAACAUUACAUGAAAAGUCACAGGAGAUUAUUAUUUUUUCCUUCAGCAAAAGAGGGAAAUACCUUGAAGUUACUGGGGAGGAAAAGGUCACUUGGAAAGCCUCGUAAAGCAGACAGUGUUGCAGGCCUUGCUCUGGAAGGAAGAAAACAGCUUGGAUUAAAGCACAACUGAACAAGGGAUCAUCCAUAUUUUGGACCUCCUCAAGAAUAUGAGUUGUGGAAUAUGAGUUGUGGAAGAGAUCCAUAGAUGUGCAAAUCACAGUUGAUUAUGCCUGAGAGGAUCCAGGCUGAAGAAAAAUCUUACAUAUACUCUGAAUGUGGCAAAACCUUUGAACAGAGCAGCUCUGUUGUGGUCCUUGGAAGGGCCCACACAGGAGAGAAGUCCUACAAGCACUCCCAAUAUGGUAACUGCUUUAGGGAGCAUGACGAGGGGGACCAGAGAACCCACACAGGAGAGAAACCCUUUGAAUGUUCUGAUUGUGGGGGGGAAAUCAGUAACAAUUCCAACCUUAUUAGCCACCAGAGGAUUCACACAGGCGAGAAACCCUUUAAAUGUCUUGAAUGUGGGAAUAGUUUCAAUUGGAAUUCUCAUCUCAUUGCACACCAGAGGAGUCACACAGGUGAGAAACCGUUCGAAUGUCCUGAUUGUGGAAGAAGUUUCAGUACCAAUUCCAGCCUGGUGGUACACCAGAGGACUCACACAGGUGAGAAACCAUUUAAAUGUGCUGAUUGUGGAAAAUGUUUCAGUCAGAAUUCCACUCUGGUGAAACACCAGAGGACUCACACCGGAGAGAAACCCUUUGAAUGUCCUGAUUGUGAGAAAAGAUUCAGUUGGAAUUCCAGCCUAGUGAGACACCAGAGGACUCACACCGGAGUGAAACCUUUUGAAUGUCCUGACUGUGGGAAAAAUUUCAGCCAGAGUUCCAACCUCAUGAUGCACCAGAGGACUCACACAGGAGAGAAACCAUACGAGUGUCCAGACUGUGGGAAAGAUUUCAGUAUUCGGACUAGCCUUUUAAAUCAUAUGCUUCUACACACAGGGGAGAAACCAUUUGAGUGCCCUGAAUGUGGACAGUGUUUCAGGAAACGGUCCACCCUUAUCACACACAAGGAAAUCCACAUGAGACCCAAAGCGAUAAGUGUAGAGGAGGCUUGAAUUUCUAACGUCCCAUCGUAAGUCUAGCUGAGAAAUGAUUAUUUAAUUUGACUACAUAGAAUAUGCCUGGUUUUUUUGUAGGCAAGUAUGAAAUGGUAUUAGAUAGGAAGCAGAGAAGAAAAAAAAUUGCAACAUAUUAGUUUGAUAAUGGCUAUCUGGGCAGCAGCAGCAGAAGUUGCUGGAUAUUUAUUUUUGCAGAAAUUGUACAAUUAUGAAAAAAUGUAAAAAGAAUGGGAGUGUUCUUUUUUAUUUCUUUCAUGGUAGAUGAUAGAAGUGCCACGUACAGAGUCCCAGCCUUUUUCUCCCUGGAUGCCCUGAGAUUUUCAGCCCCAGAAUUCCCCAGCCAGCAUCUCUCGGGGAUAGGAGCUAUAGUUAGAGAUUGUGGCUCCUCGUAUAAGGAGAAAGCAAGAGAAGAAAAAUAGAGGGUGUUCAAAGUUCAUCUUUUCCUAACAGUGCACCAAGCAUGUCUGUUCAGAUUGUGCCAAGAAUGAGGCACGCAAGUGGAACCAUAUGAAUAGCAAAUAUAUUGGGGGAGGUUGGGGCUGUGGGAAAAAUAGUGUCCCCCCCCCCUCCAGAAAAAGGAGAUUCCCCAAGAUAAAUUCUGUUUCCCUGGCUUCUUUCCUGACGAGCAAGGAUUAAACCUAGAAGCCAGAAAAGAAAAGAACCCCCAGAGAAUAAAAAUACCAUCUCUCGUUUUCUUUCUUUUCACCUCUUUCUUAACAGAAAUAAACCUCCGGCGAAUAGCCUGCAUAAGUCCCGUUCAUGAAAUAAAUUCAUUGUUUCUUCUUUAAACUGAAUAGCUCCGGUUAUUAUAACAUUAUCUUGGGCUGGCUGACUCCUUGAUAAAAUCCGGCUAAAAGUCACGGAGGAACCAAAAUUAAUAGAAUUAAAAACAACUACACCACUUGACAGGAUUAAGGGCGCAUUAUCUGAAAGAAGUAAGAAAAUCACACUUCUUGACAGGAUUAGGACUAAGGGGGGAAACCAUUGCACCACCAAUCAAAUAAUGAAGAUAUACAAAAGCAAACCUCAGGUUUUGAAACACUGUAAAAGGUAUAAAAAUAUCUCUCUAGCUGGCGUCUAGCUGACCCGGAAGUCAUUGCUGUCCCAGGACCAUUGGAUUCCGAAAUAAAACCUCCUUUCCGAAUAGCCUGCUUACCAAGUUUUUUUCCUCACCAGCUAUGAUUUCUCACCCUGGCUGGAGAGAAUGAACCAUAGAGGAACUUUUCCUUCCAACAGGGCAGUGACAAAAGCAGUGUAAAAUGUCAGGUGUAAGGCUGUUCUGCCUUGCAGGUGGCCUUCAUGGAAAAGAGCUGUAGGAACAUUGAGUGGAGGAGAAAAGGGAUGGUGGUUUUGGGCACAGGAACUCCAGGUUUAUUCACAACUCCUCCUGUGGUGAUCUUUGUUUUUAAGGACCUCCAUAUUAGCCUUUGACGGUGGGAAGGUGAGAGCAACCCCAAGGGACGGAUACUUUUGCAGUUCACUCCCUCCUUGGUGAUGA